AUGACUGAGCCCAGUCAACCCCCUGUUCCCGAGGAACCGCCCAACGCAAUCCUGACUGAUUCCCGCCCGACUUCCGCUCGCGACUCCCGCGAUGACGACCGGGAAGCGUUAGAGCUCCAUACAAUCCAGACCCGCGAAGACGACGAGCUAGAUUACUCUACUGCAUCGGCUUCAUCUGGCGACGAGCACCGUGUGCCCACAAAUCGGAUUCUGUCCCGAGCCGAUUCCCAGCGCAGACUUGAAGCCCGCAAGGGCCUUUGGGGCAAGAUCUGUCGGUUAUGGACCCGGAAUGUCAUCAUAACGGUGCCGCAGAAGAGCAAUCGAGAUCACUUUGCCCUGGAAAGAACGUUUCUUGCGUACAUACGCACAUCAACGGUUAUCGCUAUGCAAGGGGUACUCGUUGCUCAACUCUUCCGUCUACAACGGCCGCCGGAGAAAGCUAAUCGCCAUCGCCUGUCGUUCUAUGAAGUCGGUAUCCCGCUUUCGGUUGCCUGUCACAUUGUGGCUGUUAUUGUCGCCUUGAUAGGUGCGGUGCGAUUCUUUAGACAACAAGAUGCUAUUGUUCGUGGGAAGGUGCAUGCCGGGGGAUGGGAGUUAAACUCAGUAGGGUUCUUAUUAUUCCUUGUUGUUGUGGUGACAUUGAUUCUUACUGUUAUCACCUCGAUCCAAACAAAUUUGAACCCCGUCCCGCUUUCGACUCGAAUAUUAUGGUCAUGA